AUGAUUGCAAUAAUCUCUGAUUUGGCACCCAAGCACACAACACAGGCUGCACAAAAAACUCCAACCAACUGGGAAGACUUGUGUGAGCGAGCAUCUCUUCAGCUUGCAUACACCAUCAAAGAAGAAGACAUACCUUCUGCACUCUAUGUGAACUCCGAUCAGACACAGGUGGUUUAUGCACAGGGUUCGAACCUUACCUGGGCAAAGACAGGUGCCAAGCAGGUUUCAACUGUGGGUAAUGACGAGAAGCGGGCAUUUAUGGUCAUGGUCUCAAUUGCAAAUGAUGGCACCAUGCUGCCUCUGCAGGCCAUCUAUCAAGGAUAUUCGAAGGUAUCAUGCCCUAGUCCAUCAGCUCCCAAUUACGAGAACUGCAUGAAUGCAGGGUUCCGUUUUGAAUAUUCCAACAUGAAAAUGUAUUGGUCAACACAUGGGACUAUGCAUUCCCUUGUGGAUGAGAUCAUUGCGCCAUAUUUUGAGCAGAGGAAGAAAGAAUUAGGCUUACCACAGAUGCAGAAGUCAGUCUGGCAGAUUGAUGUCUGGUUGGUUCAUCGGUCAGAGGAGUUUCAAACAUGGAUGAAGAACAACCACCCCACCAUUGUACUGAACUUCAUGCCUGGAAGAAAAAGGAAAACACCUUGUACUCACACUGAUUUUGGUGCCACCAUGAUGAAGGAGAGUAAGUAA